AUGCCCACCGACACCGACCAACAACGUCGAGAAGAGCGACACCAGUGGGCAACUGAGGCUAUCACUCGCCUCCGCUUCAAUCCUAUCGGCCUCCAACGUCUCGCUCAAGCGUUAGAUCGUGCUCUGGAGCCUAGUUCGCCAACAUAUCGCUCCCAGCUUGAGUCCGCCGAUGUUGCCUUCUUUGUUGCUGGUGCUCACAAGGAUGGACGUCACACUGCCGGCAUGGAUGAUAUCCACCCUAUGUUCAAAGAGGCUCGUGAGGAGACAGGGACAGGAGUGGAUGGUCGGCGUGUGCGGUCGCAGUUCCGCGAAAAUUUACAAAACUUGGCGUUUGAUUCCUUGACGGCAUUGGAUCGCAUCGACGGAGGGUGCACGGUGGCAAUCCAUGUAUCUGGUACACAACAGCCCAGUGCUCGCCCGGCUGGUACCCUACCUCUUCCUCAGGAUCUGCGUAUCCAUGUCUACGCCCCGCCUCACAUCCUCGCUCAAAUACCGUCUGCCAAGCCGGCUCUGGCCCGUAUUGUCCAACAAUUUGCAGAGGAGAUUGGCGUGCAGGCCGUGCAGCGCUUUGAGGACCUCGCCCGCAAGAAGCUCAACUGGUCCUUCACCAUGCAGGAAGACGGUAACGCGUUGUUGUCACAAGCAACUCACACAUUCAUGAGCGGACCAUACCCAUUCCUAACGGUACACCCGGGCUGCAUAUUCCCCAUUGUCAACGGAAACCCGACGCCGGCCGGAGAAAUGUGUCCGGAGGUUGCAAACCCACCGGCCGGCACCUGAGGUGCCCAUUGUUAGCAGACUGGCCGGUCUUGUUUUGAACGGACCGGCCGAUGGCA